AUGUUUGAGAAGAAGGCGAGGAUGAAGAAAAGGAAGAGAAAGAAACAAAUUUCAGAAUAUGAUGAUGAUGAAGAGAAUGUGAUUGAAACGAAUGAAACAAUGCUAAAAACAAAACCUGCCCGUCCUCAAAAGGAUGCUUUUCCGCCUGUUCAUUUGCCACAAAAGCCGAUCCAAGCGGGUUUAGCCGGUACUCAUGAUCCAAAUUAUCAAACCUUAGCUGGUAUCGGUCCUGAUAUAUUUGGUGGUGAUAAGCAAGCACGUGCCGGUGGUGUUAGCCCAGCAGUGUUACCAACGCCGCCGACACAAGGCGGAAUAGUCGGUACACACGAUCCAAAUUAUCAGACCUUGGUCGGUAUAGGUAGAGAUAUAUUUGGAAUGGAUAAGGCAGGUGGUGGUGAAAAUGUGAAGAAACCAAUAAACCAAGGUAGUACAUUAGCUGUUGUCGGUGCUGAUAUCUUUGGCGGAGAUAAGAAAGGUGAACCGCAUACACCUAUUCGUGCUCCUAACGCACCACAAGGAAAGGCUGGAACAUUUGAUCCAAAUUAUCAAACAUUAGCUGCUGUAAAUCAAGAUAUCUUUGGUGCUGAUAAAAAAGUUGGUGUAAAUAUUCGGACACCCGAACAGAAGAAUCAAGAAGCUGGAACAUUUGAUCCAAAUUAUCAAACAUUAGCUGCUGUAGAUCAAAAUAUCUUUGGCGCUGAUAAGAAAAUAUGGUGA